AUGGCGCCGCGCGGCGGCGGCGGAGGGCCGCCGGCUGCGCGGUGCGGGGCACGGCAGCGGCUGUUGGCGGCCGCCGCCCUGGCGGCGGCGGCGGAGGCCGCGCCCUUCGAUUGCGACCUGAGCCCCGCCGACCCGGCGCAGGAGUGGUCCGUUGGCAGGCAGGCGUGGUGCUGCCUCUACGAGGGCAUCGGCUGCGCUGUCGCCACCGCGCGCGCCGGCAGAGAGGGCCAGGACGACGUCGACUGCCAGGCGGGGCUGGGCGCCUGGAGGACGGGCUGGUCCGCGGAGAAGAAGGCGUGGUGCUGCGAGCGCCAGGGCCACCCCUGCGAGUGUGGCAUUCAGUGCGCCCUCAACGGCAGCGCCGCCGACUGCGGCGAGCACCUGGAGCGCGCCACCGCGCCCAGCGCCCCCGGGCUCGGCCCGCGCGGCGGCGGCGCUGGGGACGCGGCGGCGUGCCGGAACGCCAGGAACGCGGUGGUGGAGGCGUGCCCCGCCUGUGGCGUCUGCGCCGCGGCCGCGUGGGGCCUCUGCGGCGGCGGCGCCGCGGGGCCGAGCGGCGGGGAGGCCGAGGCAGCCUCGGGCGGCGACGCGCUGGCCUCGGACGACACGCACGACUGCAGCAAGGGCCUCUCGGCGUGGAUGGCCGAGUGGUCGUUCGCCAAGGUCGCGUGGUGCUGCCGGCAGGAGGAGAGGCCGGCCGGGGUGGACUGCCCCGAGGCGACGAGGGCGCCUGCGGAGCUCAACGGCACGGCCGAGCCCGCGUUUGACUGCAGCGAGGGGCGCGCCGAGUGGCGGACGGCCUGGUCGCCCGCGCAGGCGUCCUGGUGCUGCCGCAGCAGGGGCGUGGCCUGCCUCGACCCCGCCGCGCCGACGCCGGCCCCGAAGCCCUACGACUGCAAGGACCGGCUCGAGAGCUGGGAGGCCGAGUGGGAAGAGGGCAAGAAGGCCUGGUGCUGCCUGUACGAGAGCGUGGGCUGCUCCCCUGUCGAGGCGAAGUACGACUGCGAGGAGGGCAUCUCUUCCUGGAGAGUAGCCUGGGCGGCCGAGAAGAAGGCCUGGUGCUGCCAGAACUACCGCCUAGGCUGCGUCGCCGCCCACGGCGACUCCACCGGCAGCGCUGCCGCCGCCGCCGCCGCAAGCGGCGACUCCUCCGCCGCUGCCGCGCACGACAGCCCCGCUGGGGGCGAUGACCGCCGAGGUGCCAACGCGUCUGCGGGCACGUCGCAGGCGCCGUCCGCGUCGAAGGCUCGGCCCUCCGCGGUGGCGGCGUCCACGCGCGCCAACAGCUCUGCAGAGGGCGGCGGCGCCGAGGCAUCUCCGGCCUUCGACUGCGCGGCGCCACCCCGCAGACAACAGGCAUGGAGCGACGAGAAGAAGGGCUGGUGCUGUGAGCACGAGAGCAAGGGCUGCAACCCGAGCCUGGAGGACGCCUUCGACUGCCAAGAGGGGCUGGCCCACUGGCGCGAGCACUGGGACGCUGACAAGCAGGCAUGGUGCUGCAUAUCCAAGCAGAAGGGCUGCCUCGGCCCUUCGCUGGUGGAGAGCCUCAGCCUCGCCGACGGCCUGCGCAGUGCGCGGCUGUACGGCGCGGGCCGGGUCUUCCGGCGGCGGCGGCCAGGGCCACUGGCGGGCGCGCCGCACGCCGUGGCGCUGGCUGGCCUGCUGGCUGCGUGCAUCGGGCUCGGGGCGCUCCGGGUGGUUGCGAGGCGGAGGUCCCGCCCGGACUUCGGCGCGCGGCCGCGCCACCACAGCGCCGGGUCCGGAGGGCUGGAGUGAGCAGCCGCCGCGCGGUUUCGGACCGUGGCGCACCCCGUCCUCUCUCGUCGUCGUCGUUGUCGUCGUCAUCGUCGUCGUCGUCGUCA